GUCGCCCAGCGCCGGACUGGCCUUCUUCGCCGUCAGAGCUGCCGCCCGCGCCUCCUUGGGGCCGCCCUAAGCCGCUGGGCCGCCGGUCUCCGCCGCAGUCUCCGGUAGAGAGCGGUGGGGAGGGAACCGUGCGCCUUUGUGCACGCGCGAGGAAGCACAGAGGAGAUUGGUCUUAAGGACACAUAUCUCAUCCCAAGAAGCAUCAUGGCUGAGCCAGACUAUAUAGAAGAUGACAAUCCUGAGCUAAUUAAGCCCCAGAAACUAGUCAAUCCUGUCAAAACAUCACGGAACCAUCAAGACCUUCACAGAGAACUUCUUAUGAAUCAAAAAAGGGGUCUGGCCCCUCAGAAUAAGCCAGAACUGCAGAAGGUGAUGGAAAAGAGAAAACGAGAUCAAGUAAUAAAGCAGAAAGAAGAAGAAGCACAGAAGAAGAAAUCUGACUUGGAAAUAGAACUAUUAAAACGGCAGCAGAAGUUGGAGCAGCUUGAACUCGAGAAGCAGAAGUUGCAAGAAGAGCAAGAAAACGCUCCAGAGUUUGUGAAGGUUAAGGGCAAUCUCAGGAGAACAGGUCAAGAAGUGGCCCAAGCCCAGGAGUCAUAGGGCACAGAAGCUGUGUGGAUUCCUCAGUGGUGCUUCUCAGGGAUCUCACCUGAGAGCAGCCCAGCCAGCAGACUGUAACUUUAACAAGGAUUUGGUUUUGGUUUUCCCACUAUCUGGUGGACAAAUCACCUGUGACAGGUUCAGUUCCUAUUCGCCAAAUGACAGACAUUGUGUUGGGUAAUGGACCUGUGUUUGGAAACAGAAAGGGGGGAAAAAACAACAGCAACUAAGGAAGAGGACACUGGAAUAAAUUCUUGAAAGUUGCACUGCUUGGUUUUUCUUACAGUCCAAGAUCAGAGGGAGCACAGAGCCUUUUUUUUUUCCCCCUAAAGAAAAUGUGUUUCAUUCUUCUUGUUGUUAUUUAUUAGAUUGCAUAGAAAUGCAUUUGAUCUGUUACAUCCAAUAUUUGUAAAUUCAAUUUUGAGAUCCCAAAAUUUCCUUGUUUAGUUUAUACUUUACCCAUGGUUGAAUUAACGCCACACUGUGUUACUGUUGCACACAGCGCACACCUUUAUUAGCAUUAAGAUUCAGAAAUAGGUGAGGAGGUUUUAAGACAUGUAAACAAAAGUAUGUAAACACCCAUCUUGAUUUUAUUUUAAUUCCUUUUGGUUCUCUGAUACUAGUAUGCUCCUUGAUGCAUUCCAUUUCAGAGAAGAUCCAUCAUAUAAGUCCAUAGAAUGUUUUGAUACCCAUUAGGGCUUUUGUUCUGUUUUUAAAUUUAUUUUUAGCUGACUAAUCCUUUAAUAAAAAAGAAUCUCCUGAUUUUUCGAGACUACAGACUAAUCCAUGUAACCUAACUUCAAUGUCAAAAGUAGAGGGUCCAAAUCUUUUGAUUUCUUCUGAGAGUGGCGUAGGCAAAGCUCCCAUUAGGCGCUUAGCCAGGAGUAUCUUAAUGGGAUUCAGGUAUCUUAAUGUGAAACAAAUGUAGGUUGGUCUCCAGGAGGCCUAUUCAGAAGAUUUGUAGCAUUUGUACCUUUGAAUAUUAGUAGAAUCCAAGCUUUGAAAUUUCUCAUUUAUGAUCAUAUAUUGCUUUGCU